UGGGAAUGGCGAAAGGCGAAGUCGAUGCUCAGCAAGAGCUAGAGGAUGCAUUUGAAGCGAAAGAUUUGGAUGGAUUUAAACGUGCCAUCACACGUGGUGCUCAGCCCAACCUCAGCUCAAAAAGGGAUGACGACAAUCAAAUGACCAUCUUUGAGAAGGCUUUAUCAACAAGAGGACGUCGUACAUUUAUAGAAGCGUGUUUGAAUGCUGGCUGCGAUCCCAAUUACGUUAAUCCGAAUCUUAAUAAAGCUGCCAUCCACUACACAAUCGAUUCAUGGAGAACGCACAAUCUUUCCGAGCUGGUGAAUCGACCCAACGUCAAAGUAGAUGUUGAUCGAAAGUACGAGGGGGAAACAGCAUUAAGUAGAUAAUUCAAGAGUCUAAGAGCAAAAAAUCCUCGCGGUCUCACUAUCGCCAUUCGAUUCCUAUUGAACAAAGGUGCUUCGCCCAAUAUUGUCGAUUCAGAUGGCAAAACUCUCAUGCAACAAGUGCUACUCAACGAAAAAAUCUCGCAACGAAUACGAACAAGUUUGAUCUUAGAGUUCCUAAAAGCGCCCGAACUCAGUCGGUUCAAUUAUCUCGAAGGACUCGAUUUUUUAUUGACGCAUUCUCUCGACGGUAAAAGUGACCAGCUCUACUAUCUCCUAGUGCGUCCGCUACUCAGUCAGCCUAUUCUGCCAAUGCUCGACACUUUGUCGCAAUACGAAAUGAACAUCGUAAACUGGGAUAACAAGAAAAUGUUGCGAGCUUUGCUCAUGGAGCACAUCACAAAGCAUACUAAGAAUGCAUUCGAAGCAGUGCUUGCCACCCUGGAAAAGAAUUCGCCU